CGUUUCCCUACCCGCCUCCUGCCCCCGGCCCGCCCGCCUGGAAGGGCGCGGGGAGCCGCAGCCGCGGGUGCGUCCGCCGCCCAUCACCGCGCCUCGGGGCUGGGCGCGCCGCCGAGCGCCGGGAGCCGCCGCCGGAGCAGCUCCAACUAUGAUCAGUGCAUAAAUCUACCUGCAACACAGGAUGUUGGAAAAUUACCGAGAGACAGCAACGUCCUCCCUGCUGCUUGGUGAGAAAAGAAGGAUGCACCUUCAGUUCAAAUACUGGGCGUGGUGACCACCUUGUGGGACCCCAGAUGCUGUGUCCAGUGUGGCUCCCAGCCCCUGCAGACAACAACUAGGAGACGUUCAUGACUGUAGCCAGGACCAGCAGUGACACACAGGCUCAAAGGUCUGUCAAGGAGCUUUACACAGCCAUGACUCAGAGAGAGGCGUCAGUGGAGAGAGUCUGUAGAUACAGCCAGCAGCUGUCAUGUGGAGGGUAUUAAUAAUAUAUAUGCAGGUGAGCCGAGGGACUGAGCAGGGGAAGCCAAACCCACGGAGGCACAUGGAGAUGGGGACCAGCGCCGCGAUGGGCAGCAAAAAGAAAACGAGGAGAUGUACUAUAAAAAGUGAGAGGAAGGCUUGUCUCUGAGCCAGAGGGACUCCUCCGCACUUCAUGACUCCCUCCUCGAGAUGCCAGAGACCUGGUGAUGUGGGACCAGCCUCAGCCACCCAGGCCUUGGUAGCAGCCCCUGGCUGGUGGCUGCCGAGUACCGUGGGCACCGAGGUCAGCUUUCUCCACAGACACCUCCCUCCCGUCUCCAAGCCAUGAGGAGAAGGGAGAGGCGAGCAAAGCUGCCGAAGAAGCACUAGCCCACGUCUUCCCAGCCCCUGUCCUGUUCCCUGCUUCCAACAGACCAGGAGCCCCCUCUCCGUGCUGCCCUUCCAGAUGGCAGGUCGCCGGUGGGCCGCGACGUCAGCCCUCUGCAUGUACGUGGCGGCCGUCUCUCUCCUGCACGCCGGCGGGGUGCGGGCAGACUGCUGGCUCAUCGAGGGGGACAAGGGCUUCGUCUGGUUGGCCAUCUGCAGCCAAAACCAGCCCCCCUACGAGUCCAUCCCCCAGCAAAUCAACAGCACCAUCGUGGACUUGCGGCUGAACGACAACAAGAUCAAGAGCGUGCAGUACGCCUCGCUCAGCCGCUUUGGCAACCUGACAUACCUCAACCUGACGAAGAACGAGAUCUCCUACAUCGAGGACGGUGCCUUUUCAGGACAGUUCAACCUCCAGGUGCUGCAGCUGGGUUACAACCGACUGAGGAACCUCACCGAGGGCAUCCUCCGGGGCCUGGGGAAGCUGGAGUACCUCUAUCUCCAGGCCAACCUCAUCGAGACCGUCACCCCCAAUGCCUUCUGGGAGUGCCCCAACAUAGUGAACAUUGACCUGUCCAUGAACAGGAUCCAGAGACUCGACAGCAACACUUUUCGGGGCCUAAACAAGCUCUCUGUCUGUGAACUCUACAGUAACCCCUUCUACUGCUCCUGUGAGCUCCUCGGCUUCCUGCAAUGGCUGGAGGCUUUCACCAACAUGACACGCACCUAUGACCGGAUGCAGUGCGACUCCCCGCCCGACUACAUGGGCUACUACUUGUUAGGCCAAGGCAGGACUGGUUACCGCAAUGCUCUGAGCAUGCUCUCGUCCCUUUGCACUGGUGGCUCCUACACUGUGAUCCCUCGUUUUAUCCCUCCCAGGUACCAGGUGACCACGGUGCCCUCCGAAAGCCCCUGCUCUGAGGAGGAGUGCUCCUCCGGCGACGGCACGACGCCGCAGUUCUCCCUCUUCACGCCCAUCGGUGAAACAGAGGUGCGCCCCAACAUCCAGGUGAAGCACCUCAACCACAACUCGGCCGUCCUCACCGUGCAGAUCCCCUACCCCUUCAGCAAGAUGUACAUCCUCUCCCAGUUCGAAAACGGCUUCUCCUCCAUGAUCACCAAGCUCAGGAAGAAGGAGGAGAACAUCACCGUGAGCAACCUAGUAGCACAAAGAGAUUACACCUACUGCGUAGUCUCUGUCCACCAAUACUCCAAGUACAACCACACCUGCGUCACCAUCACGCCCACCAGACCCAACCGCAAGGAGUCGGUGCCCACCCCUUCCACUGCCACCCAUUACAUCAUGACAAUCCUGGGCUGUCUCUUCGGCAUGGUGAUUGUCCUGGGCGUCGUGUAUUACUGCCUCCGGAAGAGGCGCCAGCAGGAGGAGAAGCACAAAAAGGCUGCUGGCAGCAUGAAGAAGACCAUCAUCGAGCUGAAAUAUGGGCCAGAAAUGGAGACCACCAGCAUCACCCAGCUGUCCCAGGGACAGAUCCUGGGCGGGGAGACAGUGACCCGCAUCCCCUACCUACCUUCUGCUGGCGAGGUUGAGCAGUACAAGCUGAUUGACAGCAGCGAGACCCCCAAGGCCACCAAGGGCAACUACAUGGAGGUGAGGACAGGCGAGCAGCCCGAGAGGCGAGACUGUGAGCUGUCCCUGCCGCCCGACUCCCAGGGCUCUGUGGCUGAGAUCUCCACCAUUGCCAAGGAGGUGGACAAGGUGAACCAGAUCAUCAACAACUGCAUCGAUGCCUUGAAAUCUGAGUCCACCUCCUUCCAAGGGGUGAAAUCAGGGGCAGUCUCCACGGUGGAGCCUCAGCUGGUGCUCUUAUCAGAGCAGAUCCCCAGCAAACAUGGAUUCCUUUCCCCUGUCUACAAGGAAAGCUACAACCACCCUCUCCAGAGGCACCACAGCAUGGAGGCGGCCCCCAAGCGCUCCAGCACCUCUUCCAGUGGCUCCAUACGGAGCCCCAGGUCUUACCGCUCCGAGGGAUCGGGCCACAAAUCAGAAGCCAAAUACAUCGAGAAGACAUCCCCCACCACCGACACCAUCCUCACUGUGACACCGGCCGCGGCCAUCCUGCGGGCAGAGGCGGAGAAGAUCCGCCAGUACAGCGAACACCGGCACUCGUACCCCAGCUCGCACCAAGGGGAGCAGCACGACAGCAUGGGGGGCAGAAAGCCCUCCAUCCUGGAGCCUCUGACCCGCCCUCGCCCCAGAGACCUGGCCUAUUCCCAGCUCUCGCCUCAGUACCACAACCUGAGCUACACCUCCAGCCCAGAGUACACCUGCAAACCAUCGCACAGCAUCUGGGAGCGCUUCAAACUCAACCGCAAGCGGCACAAAGACGAGGAGGAAUAUAUGGCAGCCGGCCAUGCCCUACGCAAAAAGGUCCAGUUUGCCAAAGACGAGGAUCUCCACGACAUCUUAGACUACUGGAAGGGCGUCUCUGCCCAGCAAAAGUCCUGAGUCCUCACAUAGCUCAUGACUUAACACACUAACUGGACCAAAAGAAAUCCGCAGCAGCUAUUUUUAUUCAGACUGUCUUUGAAACAAAAUAAAAUAAAAAAAUAAAUAAAUAAAAAAAAAUAAAUAAAAAUAAAAGAGAGAACAAAUUAUGAAAAAUCUAUAAAUAUUCUAUAUAAUAUAUAAAGUGAGAUAUUAAAAUGUCCUCACGUUGGUGAGACGCACCAAAUUUGAACACGAACUUUGCAGAACAAACAAACUGUGGAGUGAAAGAAAAAAAAAAGUUUUGUUUCAUUUUGAUUUUUUUAAAAAAAAAUGAGAAAAAAAGAAAAAAUUGAAUAUAAAAUGAAAAUGAAAGAGCGGGCAGAGAGCUGAGGUCUGGCGUUUCCCAAUAUUGCAUUGCAUGAGUCCCUAUUCCGUGAUUUUGUGGAUUCUUUGUGAACAGUUUGUGUUCUUCCUUCCUUUCCAAAAUCAACAGUGUCAAAAACAGCAACAAAAACCAAAAAAGAGACCAGAAGGAGCUCCAUCUUUUGGGCUGUUUUUGCAAACGGAGUCUUCCAGUUUAGACUUUUACCCAGUUGAAGGCCCGUUCACAUUUUCACUCACUGAAAGGUUUUACCACACAUCGCAUUGUAAACCGAAGUCGUUAAUUGUACAGAGAAAAUUUCUAUAUUUGCAAUGUUUGCUGUAUAAUGAGAAAGAGAGAGGAGAAAAAAAAACAAUACUACAUCUACUAAAAAUAUAUAUAUCUAUAUUCA